AGUCGUUGUCAGCCGCCGAUACAGAAGAAGAAGACUUCGUCCGAAAGACCGUGGAGCGCAGGCCGGUCGUUGUGUCCCAGUCAUGGCGGGUUUCAGUAAAUAUCUGACAGCUAGGAACUCCUCCAUAGCGGGCAGCAUUUUGUUUGUGUUCGUGCUGCUGAAGCACAGGAAGCGGACCAAGUCAAACAGAGGAAGCUCAGACCUGGUGCUGAACACGCAGAAGGAUGGCAAAAAAGAUCGCGCAGCUGUGGACAAAGUUUUCUUCCUCCGGAUCCUCCGGAUCCUCCGGGUCUUGGUGCCUCGCGUUUUCUGCAUGGAGGCUGGCUACCUGAUGUUUAUUGCUGCCAUGCUGGUGGCCAGAACCUACUGUGACGUGUGGAUGAUCCAGAACGGGACCAUGAUCGAAAGUGGUAUUAUAAGCAGAGACAGCUGUGUGUUCAACACGCACUUUUGUUCCUACAUGUCAGUCAUACCAGGGAUAUCCUUGGUGAACAACUUCCUGAAGUUUGGUCUGAAUGAGCUGAAGCUGAGGUUUCGUGAGAGGCUAACCCAGCAUCUCUACAACCAGUACCUGCAAGGUUACACUUACUACAAAAUGGGAAACUUGGACAACCGUGUAGCCAACGCAGACCAGCUGCUGACACAGGAUGUGGAGAAGUUCUGCAACAGUGUGGUGGAUCUGUACUCCAACGUCAGCAAGCCUCUGUUAGAUAUUGGCCUGUACAUCUUCAAACUGACAAGUGCCAUCGGUGCCCAGGGUCCAGCCAGCAUGAUGGUCUACCUGCUGAUCUCAGGGCUGUUCCUGACCAGAUUAAGGAGGCCAGUAGGCAAGAUGACCGUGACUGAGCAGCGUUACGAGGGCGAGUACCGCUACGUGAACUCUCGCCUCAUCACCAACAGUGAGGAGAUUGCCUUCUACAAUGGGAACAAGAGGGAAAAGCAGACCAUUCAUAGCGUUUUCCAGAAACUGGUGGACCACCUGCAUGACUUCAUCUUCUUCCGGUUCUCUAUGGGCGUCGUGGACAGUAUAAUUGCUAAGUAUCUGGCCACCGUGGUGGGAUAUCUGGUGGUUAGCCGGCCCUUCCUGAACCUUUCCCAUCCACGGCACACACACAGCACACACUCGGAGCUGCUGGAGGACUACUACCAGAGCGGCAGGAUGCUGCUGAGAAUGUCCCAGGCCCUGGGCAGGAUUGUUCUGGCUGGCCGGGAGAUGAGCCGGCUCUCAGGGUUCACGGCUCGUAUCGUUGAACUGAUGAAGGUGCUCAAGGACCUUAAUGCUGGCAAAUACGAGCGCACCAUGGUGUCCCAGCAGGAGAAGGAAGGAGAUGCUGCAGAGAAACUGGUCCCGGGCAGUGGUCAAAUUAUUAACAAAGACAACCUCAUCAAAUUUGAGAAUACUCCCCUAGCAACACCCAAUGGAGACAUCCUGAUCAGAAAUCUUACGUUUGAAGUGAAGUCUGGCACUAAUGUUCUUGUGUGUGGACCCAACGGCUGUGGGAAGAGCUCCCUGUUCAGGGUGCUGGGAGAGCUGUGGCCUCUGUUUGGUGGGCAUCUGACAAAACCUGAGAGGGGGAAGCUUUUCUACGUCCCACAGAGACCCUACAUGACUCUGGGUUCUCUGAGGGACCAAGUCAUUUACCCCGACACCCACGAAGAACAAAAAAGGAAAGGCAUCUCUGAUCAGGUGCUGAAGGAAUACCUGGAUAAUGUUCAGCUGGGUCACAUCCUGGACCGGGAGGGCAGCUGGGAUACUGUCCAGGACUGGAUGGACGUUCUCAGUGGAGGCGAAAAACAGAGGAUGGCUAUGGCCAGACUGUUCUACCACAAGCCCCAGUUUGCGAUCCUGGAUGAGUGCACCAGUGCAGUGAGUGUGGAUGUUGAGGAUUACAUCUACACCCAUUGCAGGACGGUGGGCAUCACCUUGUUCACUGUGUCUCACAGGAAAUCCCUGUGGAAACAUCAUGAGUAUUAUCUGCACAUGGAUGGACGAGGAAACUACGAGUUCAAGCCCAUCACAGAGGAAACAGUCGAGUUUGGUUCAUAACUACCAGCUGCUGACACUGGCGCAGACUUCCUGUUGAUUUAGAAACCCGUCCUGUGUUCUUUCUGUUUAGUGUUUUUGUUGGGUGGGUUGCACUCGUGGCAGCAGUUCAAACUACGCACUGUUAAAUCCUUAUCACUGUUGUCCUGUCGAAACAAUAAUUUGUCCACUGCCAAACGUCUGUUUCCAGCCUUUAGGCUAUUUCACACUAAGAAGUAGACUCAUGCUACUGUGUCACCACUGCAGUCAUGGAUCAUAACAGUACCAGGUUUGCUUGUAAUGAGGAGCAGGAGCUGUUCUUCAUGUGAGUGUGAUGCUGCCUACAUGUGUCUGUCUGGGAGCUUCUGACUGAAGAUGAGAGUUGACCGUUGGACGGUCCUUCACUCGUAAUUAAUGUUUUAAUGAGCUCAUUUAUGGAAGCAGUUGUGAGGAGGCGGAUCCUGUGGCAUCACAAACACGUCACACAGGACAUCUCGCCUUGUUGCAACCACUCACAUUUCUCACUCUGGGUCCGCCUCGCUCUCGGCUAACCUUUAGCUAAACUUGGUUCAGAUUCACAAUGACUGCUUAUUUGUUUUUGUUUGUUGUUUUCAAUUGUGGUACCAGGGGGACAUCUUGCACUCCACCCACAGGUGACGACGCCAGCAAGCAUUUCAACUUUCACAUGUAGCUGUGGGUCAUAAUACCUGUGGGAGUUUGUGGGGAGGGACCCCUUAUCUGAUGGCAUAAAUGUGCUUGCUGCUUCUGUCAUUACUGGCUGUUUCCCCUGCUCUCAAAGCCGAAGGAUAAAGGCCGUCUAAAUGUGUCAUGGAGUUAAAACAAGUUUGCUCGAUGACUUUUUCUGUGGCUGUGGGACAAAGUUAUCGAGGCCUGUGGUUGUUUCUUGUUAAACACAUUAUAAGUGCUGUCACAGACGGCAGCCUGUAGUUUUCCAGAACUUUGCUCUUGUUUAGAAAGCUGGUCUGAAUAUCUUGACUGUGUGAUCGGACAAACGAACAGUGGAGAGAUGGAGAAGCAGAAUGCAGCUCGUUAAGCUCAGUGCAGCGUUUUUAUGAAAAACUGUUGGUAACGGCACGAGCUGUGGUUCUGGGGCUCAGUCAUUUGAACCUGGUGGUUGUCAAGCUGCACCUUCUCCUGUUUUUGAUCAGUGAUGAUAAAACUGGUCCACACUUAAACACCAAAUCAUGACUUUGAGCAUUUCCCUUCCCGAUGUGUCAUUACUAAUUUCCAUGAAUGAAAUGUAGAUUCUGUGGGUGGUGGGACUGUGUUUGUCUUGGGGGUUUGUACCUUAUACUAAUGUUUUAAAAAUGUAAAGGGGAGCCUUAACUGUGUUGGUAUUUUCUAUAAUUAAUGUUAUCUCACCUCAGAUUAAUAAAAUAAAGAGUUGUAGAAACGA